CUGAACCAGCUGGGUUGGAUUGAGUUUUCUCUUCCUGAUUCCGUAGUAUACUAUGUUCACCCCACCCUCCGGGUGACAACCGACAUGGAGUUGCGGAACAACAAGAAGCUAGAUCUAGUCACAUCCUACUUUGACAGCUAUAAAGACGACCUUGCUCCACCUACUGGGAUGGAGCUGUGGCUGAGGGAGGGCGCUCGGAAGAAGAAGCGGGAUCCUCCCCUUGUGGGGUGGUGGAUCGAUCAUAAGAGUCGAAGAGUGUCGUCAGAGCUACCGAGGAAAGGUCCCUCGAGACUGGGGCGAAAUGAUGAAGACGCUUUGGAUAUGGAAUAUCGGUACUGGGCUUUCAUGGAGGCGCACCCUGCGCACAGCCCACUUCCUGCGAAUGCACACGGGGAAGCCAUGAAUGCUCUCAUAUGGGCAUGGACAGAUCAUCUGCUUCCUUCUCGACAAACAACUUCAGCGCCUUUCAGUCAACAUGAGUACCAAGAGCUCACUUCUUUACUUCGUGGAGGUACGUUUCGCUGCCCAGAGUACGGCAUAUCUCUGAGGCUCUUUCCAGAAAUCACUACCGAGAAUGGAAUGCAAAUUACUCGGAUCGUCUGCAGGAUCCAUCUUCGAAUGAUUCAUUGGCGUCAAGUGAAUUUCCGUCCCAACAGGCCUCUUCCCCAUGAUGCGACCAGUCACUCUUUACGUCUGCCUACACGUCGCAAUCAGCUGGGCCGCGCUCUAGUCGACUUUUGUAUCUCCUGCCUAUGUCUCGGCAUUCCAUAUAUCUUUUACAACCGCUCGCAGCAUCGAGGAAUAGACGAAGAAGGCGGCAUUCGAAGUGCUGCGCCGAUGCUGGUGAUCGGCGCCUGCACUUGUCUUGUAGCGGCGAUUGUUCUGAGUGCCUCGGUGACUUUUCUUUCCUUACCAGGGCUGGACAAUGUCGCACGGGCUGUGGGGCUUCUCACCGUGCUCUUUUCUGCAUUUUCUUUGACUUCGACGGUUGUCGCCAUAUUCAAAUAUAAGAGUGAUGCAGAGAGUGCUGUAUCUUUUAUAAGUGGCGAAGGUCUGAUGAUCAUUUCUCGACGACAUAUAUUAUUCUCUUUGCCGAUAGUUUUCUUGGCCUAUGCGAUUAUCGGGUUCGUUGCGGGCAUCGUGCUUUAUUCUUUGAGAGGAGUGUCCGUCACCGGUUCAACCAUAGUGGAACACCACUUUCAGGAAUACACACGAUGGACCGUGGUAGGAUUCCUUGGUGGUCUUCUGGGUAUCUUGACGACAUCCAUUGUUCUCAUGAAGCAGUGA